AUGUCCCUGAUUAUGCAGUCAUCACAGCACCAGCCCCCUGCAUCCGGCCGAGACAUCACGCAAGUCGGAGCCUGCUGCGCCGACCGGCCAACGGCAUGGCUCAAACCAACAACCUUUACCGAUUGGGAAUCAGGCUCGCGGACUUCAAUUAGGGAGAUAAUAGCCUUUGCAAAUCAAAACCAUCAAACUCCAAGAUGUCAGAAUGCUCAUAUUGCGCAUCGUCCCCGCGACUUCACGGCUCGAUUUGACUCUUCGGACUCGGCCCCAUCUCAGCCUCUCCUCAGCAACUUGACAAUGUUCCCGCAAAUCAAAUCAUUUUUCUUUUGGUCUCUGACACUCAGCUUGACUGUUGCUGCAGGCCAACGUGAAACCCCAGUAGAUCUCGUGGUGCGGAACAGCCCUGGCAGAACUGCUUCAGAUACGCUGCUUGCCAUCCGUCACUAUCUCUCCAAAGCGAGGCUCUAUGGAAGAGAGACCAAGUUCAGUAACAGCACUUCACUCAACACUGCAUUCGACAAUUCAGUGCUCUUCAAGUUUGAGCCAGAGGUUGAAGCCGGCAGCGGCAACGUCAAAGCCAACACUGGCAUCGAAAUUGUAUGCACAAAGUGCUACAUCAAGGGAAGAGCCAGCGCUCACCUCACCAUCGACGGUACCCUCAAUGCUACAAAGAUUGUGACUGAGAUCGGAAACGAGUUUGCCGAGACCUUUGAUAACAUUACGACGUACGCCAAAAACUAUAUCUCCGGCGUCGUGGACAACUUGUCCGAUGGCUUGGAUGCUGAUGACUUUGACCUUCCCCCUCUCAAUAUCACGUUUGACCUUGACGUCCCUUCGUUCCCCGAAGCCAGCCUGGGAUUCGGGUUUGAAGGCUUGGAAGUUUACAUGCAGCUUGAUACGACUCUGCCCGCUGGCUCAUCCUACACGCUCAACCUUUACACGUCGACUACUCCGCUAGGAUCAAAGAUUGGGGACGACUUGCUUCUCGGCGUUGUCUUCUCCAUUGACCUCAUCUUGAGCGUCGAAAGCGAGGUUCAAAUGAGCAGUGGCUUUCACCUCCGAAUGGACGACGAAGUGGGCUUUGACAUUGCUCUCUUCUCCAAGAAUGUUUCCAGCGUUCAUUUCAAGGGCGGCCAAUUCGAAUUCCUCCCUGUCGUCAUCGAGAGCGCCGGCGUGGAGCUCAAGGCGACCCUCCGCGCGGGUUUCAGCGCCGGCAUUGAAAUCUCCUCCCCCGUCGACAGCAAGGAUUUUGAGCUCUUCGACUACAUCAUCAAGAUCCCAGACAUCUUGGCUGAGAUCCCAACCGCCACGGCCGGGAUCCAAGUCGGCGUCUUUGCCAACAUUGCCGAGCUGAGCACAAAUGUCACGGCCCUGUCGACGCCAGAUGAGGACGGCUGCGUCUUUCGCGCCGUCAACGCGUACCAGUUCGCUCUGGGCGCCGAGGCCGGGGCUUCGGUGCAGAUUGGCGACCGCAUCUGGGGUGCGGUGCCGAACACACAGAUCCCCCUCUUUUACACCACUCUCGAGGAUGCUUGUGCCAGCACGCGAGUUGCCUCAACAACGGUGGCGAGCGGCGUUCCUGCCAGUGUGACGAGUAAGGCAAAGCGUGACGAGGAGCUCACCACCACGACGUUAAGUGAAAAGGUGACGUAUACCGGCAUAGAAUGCUUGACAGUGGGCUUGGUCAACUGUCCGCCGCAGCUGCAGACUCUGAGAAAGUUUGUUGCCACGGAGACGUUCGUCACGGCCGUCGCUUCGGGGGUCGAAGCGACCUUUCCGACGGCCACGCGGGCUGUUGUGCAGAAUGUCGUCGGUUUCGGAUCGAAUGCUCAGUCGUUGAUCUCGACCAGUGGUGUUCCAAAGGAGUACACGCCGAGUCCUAGUGCAUCUGCCACCAGUACCAGCUCUGCUGAUGGACCCGAUUGGGAGGUUAGCGGCGUCGUCGAUAAAAGGGUGAUUAUCGGCGUCAGCGUCGGUGUGGUUGUGGUUGUGUUGGCUGGCAUCAUUGGUGCUUGCAUGUUUUGGCAACGGAAAAGAAAGUACACGCCCGUUUCAAGGACGAAUGGGGGCAUGUCGUAUAUCCAAGAGUGCCGUCCGUCAGAGGUUUACGACCCCAUCCAGGAUCAAAAGCGACCUGACGUAAAUGUGUACGCGACAUGA